UAUUGAUAAAAAGAUCCAAUGCAAACUUACAUAGAGGGAGAAGAUGAUUCUCCCAUGAGUAGGGAUGAAGAGUUCUUAAUCCAUACUCCUACUCAGCCUAUUCCAUACUAUAAUGAAAAACUAUUUGAUAUUAUUGGAAAUAUUUUCAAAGUGAAGCCUUCAGAGCUCACUACAAAAAUUCCAGAAAGCUUGAUUGACAAAAUAUUGCUUUCUACGAAUAGCAACGGAAGAUACAAUAUUGAUGUCACUUCAGAAGGAGCCCAUUACUUUAUGGGGUACCCUGACUGUAACUUUAUGCACCAGCUGACAGCCAUACUUACGUUAUGGAACGAGAGAUUGAUUUUUCCAGUCACAUACCUGACGAUGGCUGAAAUGGAAGACAGCACUGCUUGAGAAAUUGAGAGAUUAAACCAACUUACUGAAGAAGUAAAUGAUGUGUUCAAAUCAAUUUCCACAGAAUCGCAGAUAGAUAGUUAUAAAUAAGGUAAAAGAGCUUUUGAUUGCACUUGACAUCAGAGGUUUCAUGACGAUAUUCGGAUUUCGCACUUCGCCAGGAAGCCAAGAUGCGCCAUGGCCCAAAAAGUCAGUCAUACUUGAUGCUGUUAAUAAAAAGCACAAGAAGGACAGAAUCAAGCCAAGAGUAGUGCAUCCAAAUAAUACUUCAAUCCUGACUGUAGGAGGAAGAGCCUUAGCCAAGCACAGCUCAAGAAGUGUCGAUAAAUUCUGGGGUAACUGUGAUGGAAAAACAGAAAGCUACAAAAAUGAAGCAGCUUUCGCAAUUGUCCAGCAAAUAUUGAACGAAUGUGUCUGGAUGAAUGUUCAUAUCAUUCCGGGCGAUAAGAUCGUCAUUGAAUGUAGGAACAACUACAAACUUGAUGAUACCUUCAAAGGGUAUGGUGUCAGAUGGACUAUCGAUGGAGAGUUUAUAGGGUUCUUAGAUGGAUAUAGAUCAGCAAGCCCAUAAAAUUUCACUCAUUCUAAAAUA